CGACACAGCGGUGUACGGUCGGUGACAGAGUGAAAGUGUUGUUACUUAUUAGUGCUUAGAGCAACGAAACGGAACUAAAAGUGAAAAUUUCACCAGAAAAUCCGUAACUGUUGCCGCUUGCUCCGAUGGGCAUAAGUGCAUAGCAGGACCAGCAGAAUAAUUUCGAAGAUCGUGAAUAGUGAGUAAACUCGAAGAGCGAAGGGCGGUUUGUUUCCCUUCGUUUUUUUAGGUUAAGUGGUUGUGUUCCGAGUGAUUUCUGAAACAUCUCUGACGCAAAGAGAAAGAAGAAAAAUAUCGCGAUUUUUGACGGUAUUCAGAGGGAUAUUGAUUUUGUGUGAAAGCUACUCGCUAUCGUAGCAGGCGGCGGAAGGAUGCCAGUCAAAAAGCAAGAAGCUCACCGAGCUCUCGAACUACUCGAGGACUAUCAUUCGCGACUGUCCAGUCCACAAGACAAAGCACUUCGCAGUGCCAUCGAACGAGUCAUAAGGAUAUUCAAAUCAAGGCUCUUCCAGGCGCUUCUCGACAUUCAAGAGUUCUACGAACUAACGCUGCUAGAUGACUCAAAAUCUACUCAACAGAAAACUGCCGAAACGUUGCUUAUAGCGAGCAAAUGGGAGCAGGACAAUGCCAUAAAAGCGAACGAGAAUGGCACCGUCACCAACAAUAUCCCUGCCCUGAUGCAAACUUUAAUGAACGGCCAUCAAAAGCAGCAGCAACAACAACAGCAACAGAACCACAACAUCAUUAGCAACAACAACAACAGCCAUCUGCAGCAAGAGCAGAUUGACAAUCAGGCAAAUCGCAUUAAACAGCAGCAGGAACAGCAACAGCAACAGGACCUGGGCAAGCAGCUCCAGAAGGAAGAGGAAAAGUCACCGGUCGCCCCCACGAUCCACGCUGAGUUACCGUCUCCUUCGCGCUUCACCGGAACCAGAGUCAACACAUCCAACUCAAGCGAUGUUAUUCAGCUCAAUGGUGAUGCUAUCUGGGAGUACGAAGCGAUUGCUCUGGUCCGUGGCUCAACUGGACUCGGAUUUUCGAUAGCCGGUGGGACAGACAACCCGCACAUCAAUCUGGAUGCGUCGAUCUACAUUACGAAGGUAAUACCGGGCGGGGCGGCCUACGCGGAUGGCCGAUUACAAGUGAACGAUUGCAUCGUUGCUGUAAACGAAAUGUCCGUGGUGAAUGUGACCCACGGGGAUGCGGUGGAUGCACUGAAGAAGGCUGGUGAACGAGUUACGCUGCACAUACGAAGGAAACGACCGCCGGCGCAGGCGCCCAAGCAAGAACAGAUCGAUCUAGUGAAGGGGAAUAAGGGGCUCGGGUUUUCGAUUGCCGGUGGCAUUGGUAAUCAGCACAUCCCGGGUGAUAAUGGAAUUUACGUGACGAAAAUCAUGGACGGUGGAGCGGCUCACGUCGAUGGCCGGCUUGCCGUUGGGGAUAAACUUAUAGCCGUUCGAACCAGCGAUGGAGAGCGGAAUCUCGAGAAUGUAGUCCACGAGGAAGCGGUGGCUACGCUGAAGGCAAUUACCAACAAGGCAACGUUGAUCGUACAGAAGACCAACAUUUUGCAGGCACUGGCCAACUCGAUCGGGAACCUUAACUCCCUGUCCACUAGUGCAAUGAAUCAGGUCGGUCAGAGUGUGGUGGAUCACGCCAUGUCGGGCAGUGAGCUACGGUCCCACUCUCCCAUGCUGGACAACUCAUCGUCACGGUAUGCGUCCUCCAAUCUGCUGGAAUCGGGCAUGCCGAUCGGGACACCGCGAGCCGUUAGUCAUGAGGACAUCACGAGAGAGCCAAGAACAAUAGUCAUUCAGAAGGGACCAUCCGGAUUGGGUUUCAAUAUCGUCGGUGGUGAGGACGGGCAGGGUAUCUUCGUGUCAUACGUGCUUGCCGGGGGAGCAGCUGACAUUGGAGGCGAAUUGAAGCGAGGUGAUCAAUUAUUAAGUGUCAACGGAGUUAGUUUGUCGGGUGCUUCUCACGAGGAUGCUGCCCAAGCACUGAAGAAUGCCGGUGGAACUGUCACACUAGUUGCGCAGUACCGUCCGGAGGAUUACAAUCGAUUCGAACAGCGAAUACAGGAGCUGAAGCAGCAGGUUGUAGCCGGAACCGGUACCCUGCUCAGGACAUCACAGAAAAGGACACUUUAUGUCAGAACGCUCUUCGAUUACGAUCCGAAUCGGGACGAUGGUCUGCCGGGUCGUGGAUUGCCCUUCCGCCAUGGUGAUAUUCUCCACGUGACGAACGCUUCGGACGACGAAUGGUGGCAGGCGCGGCGUGUGAUCGGAGAAGACGAAGAAGAAAACAUCGGAAUUGUGCCGUCGAAGCGACGCUGGGAGCGAAAACAGCGGGCACGGGAUCGAAGCGUCAAAUUCCAAGGUCACGCUGGCGGCAAUAUGGAAAAGAUGUCGACAUUGGACCGUAAGAAGAAAAACUUUUCCUUUUCGAGGCGAUUCCCGUUCAUGAAAAGCAAGGACGACAAAAAUGAGGACGGAUCGGAUCAAGAACCGAAUGGCAAUGUAUGCGAUCAGAAUAAUCAUGAUUCAGAGCAGCCUUUCAUGCUUUGCUACACACAAGACGAUGCGAAUGCUGAAGGGGAAAUUAUCUACCGCGUGGAACUACCCGACAUGGAGCAGAUAACUCUAAUUUACCUGGAGAAUAAUGAUGCUGAUUCUGAGGAAAAUAUUCUCUCGUACGAAUCGGUUCAGCGUUUGCAGAUCGGCUACACCCGACCGGUGAUCAUACUGGGACCGUUGAAGGAUCGCAUCAACGAUGACCUCAUUUCGGAGUAUCCUAAUCAGUUCGGUUCGUGCGUUCCUCACACAACACGACCGAAGCGCGACUACGAAGUGGACGGACGGGACUAUCAUUUUGUGGCCUCGCGAGAACAAAUGGAGAAGGACAUCCAGAAUCAUCUGUUCAUCGAAGCUGGACAGUACAAUGAUAAUCUGUACGGAACUUCGGUUGCGUCGGUCCGCGAGGUGGCCGAGAAGGGCAAACACUGCAUCCUGGAUGUGUCCGGCAAUGCGAUCAAGCGGCUCCAGGUAGCCCAGCUUUACCCGAUAGCCGUCUUCAUCAAGCCAAAGUCCGUGGAGUCCAUCAUGGAAAUGAACAGAAGAAUGACGGAAGAACAGGCCAAGAAGACUUACGAGAGGGCACUCAAAAUGGAACACGAAUUUGGCGAAUACUUUACAGCAAUCGUUCAGGGCGACACGAUCGAGGAGGUUUACAGCAAGACGAAGAACGUAAUCUGGUCCCAGAGUGGCCCAACGAUUUGGGUGCCCUCGAAGGAAUCUCUAUGACCUCAGGCAAAUAUCACGUGGACACUGCCACCGAAUAUGCGCGCCCGGCCGGUCUCACGGUCCGGCUAUCACCAUUGACGGUAGCCGAUGCCACCAACACCACCACCACCACCACCACUACCACCAUGAUGAUAAUGAUGAUGAUGACGAUAUUGAGUAAACCAUUUGGAGAUAGAGUUGAGCACACAUACACACACACACAUACAUACACAGCACUUUGUAGGUGUCAACUGGCGCAGCUGUGCGGAAACUAAUAGCAAAUUUGCUGCUAGUAGAAUUUAGAAGGAGAAACAUUAAAGAGCAAAAACAUGUUGUUGUCUAUUAUUAUUAAUAUUAUUAUUAUUAUUAUUUUUUAAAUUAUAUAUUGAUGCGAGAACGAGAGCAUGGCGAGUACGAUUUUUAAGAGAACAUUUGCAUUCAAUAUGGGAAAUUUAUUUAAAUUAUUUUGUUCGAGAAUAAUAAUCCUAUUACUUAUUGAUGAAUGUUUAUUAAAUGAAUAUAUUUAUAUAAAAGAAGAAGAAAAAAAACUCAUAUAAAAUAAAUGUAUCUAAUUAAAGAAGCGAACUUUAAACUAUAUGAAAGCAACCAUUGAAAGGAACUUGUAUAUUAAGAUAUAAAGAACAAAACAAAAAAAAACGUCUAUAGCAUUCAGUCCCUGACGAGUUCGCAAAUCAUUGGCACCCAGCAAAAAAAAGAAAAGAAAAGAAAAACCCUCAACUUUGGGCGAUUAAAUCUACUAGUACUGUGCUUUAAAUAUUGUUACGAGUGAAAUGCUAGACCUAGGGUGCCGAGAUAUUGGAUAGCGCAGCAUUUAACUAGAGAAUUGAAAGCGAAAAUCCCCGCAAGCAAAUGCAAGAGAAAUCUGAAAACCAGUCCAUUAAAAACAAAACACUUAGUCUAAUUUUCGGACAAUCAUCGACGUAUUUUCCCCCGUUCUCGAUCAGUGAAUUUAGUAUUCACCAUACAGAGCCAAUACAAACUAACUCGCCUAGCAUUGUAAGAGCAGUACAGACUAAACAAAAAACUCGAAAUAUGACACUUUGGUUUAGUAAGAAUACAACAGUUCUAUUUGUUUUUAAUUUGCACUCACAUACACACACACA